CAAACCAAAAUUGCACGGUUGCUCGGUUCGAGUUCCGUUCACUUCCUAUGUCCGGGAUAAAUUAUGUCGGUGAAAAUUUAAAGUCAACAUACAAUAAUGGACUGGAGGCCCCCGUUUGGACAAGCAAGCUAGUGCUGAGCAGCAACAGCAAGCAACUCAUAUCAUAUUGUAUCUCUUCAUACAUCGGCAACUCCGCCGUUCCUCAUCCUCGUACUCAUGUUCGGUCAGGUUCUUGUGUUUGAUAAUGGCGAUAUUCGAGUAGGAUUUUGACUUGAUAGAUUGUUGGAGUAUGGUUUCCAUGUGUAGUUUUCGGCAGCCAAAUGUGAGUGUAAUUGGUGGUGAUGAAGGUACUAGCUAUAGAAUAUUGGGGAGUUUGAAUAAGCGUGCUCAGUUUAGCUGUGUGGUAUUUAGCGGGACAAGUUUGUUUUCUGAAGGUAGUCGGAGGAAGAAGUUGAAGAAAGUUGUUUGUUGUAGUAAGGGUGAAUUGGAUUGCAGUUGUUUAGGUUACCAUAGUUCAGUGAUAGGUUUCGGGUCAGGGUUAAAGUAUUGCUUUCAGUUAUCAAGAGGAGUAGCUCAGUCUUGGCGGUGUCAAGGAAAUGAUUCAGUUGCUUAUGUUGAGGGAAAUGGUUUGGGAGGGUCCAGUGAAAGUAGUGACCUGGAGAGUACAAAGGGGUCGGAUGGAAGUCUAGAGGGAAAUAAGGCAGUUCAGGAGGAAGAGAAAUCAGAGGUUCUUAGUUUCGAGGACCUACGUGAAGUGUUACAAAAGGCUUGCAAGGAACUGGAGGUUGCACGGGUUAAUAGUACUAUGUUCGAGGAAAAAGCACAUAGGAUAUCAGAAGCGGCAAUAGCAUUAAAAGAUGAAGCAGAAAACGCGUGGAAUGAUGUAAAUUCUAGAUUGGAGUCUCUUAAAGAGAUUGAAUAUGAAGAGAUUAAUGCAAAAGAAACUGCUCAUGAAGCGACGGUGGCCCUUUCUUUAGCUGAUGCAAGGCUUCAGUUUGCAAGUGAUUUACUUGAAGGUGCCAAACAAAGGAGUGCUUUUGUGGAAAUGGAAACUAAUUCUCUGAGGGAAAAAGAAGAGGCCAUCUUGGACGCUCUAAAUGAUAUUAAAGCUUGCGAGGCUACUCUAUUAUGUUGUGAGGCAGAUCUAAAGCAAGUGCAGAUCCAAAAAGUUGAAUUGCAAAAGGAAGUGGACAGAUUAAAGGGGGUUGCAGAGAAAGCCGAAAGGGAUGCAUUGAAAGCCGAGGAAGAUGUUGCUAAUAUCAUGCUCCUGGCUGAACAAGCUGUAGCUUUUGAAGUCGAGGCCACCCAACGCGUCAAUGAUGCUGAAAUUGCGCUACAGAGAGCUGAGAAAAAUUCUCCUUCUUUACUUCUAGAUUACUCAGAAAGUGUGCCUCAAAAUAGAUUGUUGUCACAAGAACAUGAUCUGAGUGAGGGAGUUAUCACCGAGGAGAAAGCAAACCUUGAACAUUUAGCUGACAAUCUUGUAGUUAGAAGCACUGAUGAAAAUUGUGAGACUAGUUCUUUAAUUAGUGACGCUUUAUCAGAUAGCCAGGUUGAUAUCCGAAAGGAUAGAUUUGAAGACUCCAUUGACCUAGGAAAUGGAAAAUUAAGUACUAAAGCACUACUAGUUGAGACUGAAUUAGAAGCAGAAAAGUCUAAUAAUUUGGUCCAAACAAGAAAAACAGAGAUGCAGAAGGACUUGACGAAAGACAGCUCAUCUCUUAAUGCUCCCAAAGCAUUACCAAAUAAAUCAUCUCGCUUCUUUUCUGCAUCUUUUUUCUCAUUUGAUGCGGACGAGACCGAGUUUGCACCAUUUUCGCUAUUUCACGGGCUUACUGAAUCAGGAAAAAAGCAAUUGCCUAAGAUGGUAGUUGGCUUGCUGCUUGCUGGAGCAGGGAUUGCAUUUUAUGGUAAUCGCUCUGAGAGAGCAAAUGUGCUAUUUCAACAGCCAGACAAUAUUACUACUACUAUUGAUGAGCUUACAUUGAUUGAAAAACCUGUGGUUCACCAAAUAAGGAAAGUAUCCAGGAAAAUUCGAAACUUACUAGAGAAGCUUCCUCAUCAAGAGAUAAAUGAGGAAGAAGCUUCUCUCUUUGACAUGUUGUGGCUACUCCUUGCAAGUGUUAUAUUCGUUCCUCUAUUCCAAAAAAUCCCAGGAGGCAGCCCUGUUCUUGGUUAUCUGACUGCUGGUAUAUUGAUUGGACCUUAUGGCCUCUCUAUAAUUCAUCAUGUACAUGCAACAAAGGCAAUAGCUGAAUUUGGUGUAGUCUUCUUGCUGUUCAAUAUUGGUCUUGAGCUUUCCGUAGAGAGACUGAGUUCUAUGAAGAAAUAUGUGUUCGGAAUGGGUUCUGCUCAGGUUCUCGCAACAGCUAUAUUGGUUGGUUUAGUAGCUCAUUUUGUUUCGGGACUAACCUGUCCUGCUGCCCUUGUCAUCGGGAAUGGUUUGGCGUUAUCCUCCACUGCUGUUGUCCUUCAGGUAUUGCAGGAAAGAGGAGAGAGCACGUCACGUCAUGGACGAGCUACAUUCUCCGUAUUAUUGUUCCAGGAUUUGGCAGUUGUGGUUCUUCUGAUACUCAUACCUCUUAUAUCACCAAACUCUUCCAAAGGAGGGAUUGGUUUCCUAGCAAUUGCUGAAGCACUUGGAAUAGCAGGUCUAAAGGCCAUUGUUGCUAUAAGUGCCAUUAUUGCUGGAGGACGCUUGCUUCUUCGCCCAAUAUAUAGGCAAAUUGCAGAGAUUCAGAAUGCAGAGAUAUUCUCUGCAAAUACGCUCCUGGUCAUUCUCGGUACAAGUCUCCUUACUGCAAGGGCUGGCCUUUCCAUGGCACUAGGUGCAUUUUUGGCUGGUUUGCUACUUGCCGAAACUGAAUUUUCUCUACAGGUGGAAUCGGAUAUUGCUCCAUAUCGUGGCCUUCUACUGGGUCUUUUCUUCAUGACGGUUGGAAUGUCCAUCGAUCCAAAACUCCUUCUUUCAAACUUUCCAGUUAUUAUGGGGACAUUGGGACUGUUGAUUGGUGGCAAAACCAUAUUGGUAGUUCUCAUUGGUAGGAUGUUUGGUGUUUCAACUAUAUCUGCAAUAAGAGUUGGUCUUCUACUUGCUCCAGGAGGAGAAUUUGCAUUUGUUGCUUUUGGUGAAGCCGUUAAUCAGGGUAUCAUGUCUUCUCAGUUGUCCUCACUUUUGUUUCUUGUGGUGGGAAUCUCUAUGGCACUGACGCCAUGGUUAGCUGCUGGAGGCCAGCUAAUAGCCUCUCGAUUUGAGCAGCAAGAUGUGAGAAGUUUAUUACCUGUUGAAAAUGAGACUGAUGAUUUGCAAGAUCAUAUUAUCAUAUGUGGAUUCGGACGUGUUGGCCAGAUCAUUGCGCAGCUUCUUUCAGAGAGGCUAAUUCCAUUUGUUGCUCUUGACGUGAGGAGUGAUAGAGUAGCUGUGGGACGUACACUUGAUCUUCCUGUGUACUUUGGAGAUGCUGGUAGUAGAGAGAUCCUCCAUAAAGUAGGCGCUGAAAGAGCUUGCGCUGCAGCGAUAACUUUAGAUACUCCUGGUGCAAAUUAUAGAACUGUGUGGGCGCUGAACAAGUAUUUUCCUAACAUAAAGACCUUUGUCCGAGCCCAUGACGUGGAUCAUGGCCUUAAAUUGGAAAAGGCUGGUGCAACAGCGGUUGUCCCAGAGACCUUAGAGCCAAGUCUACAGUUAGCAGCUGCGGUUCUUGCGCAAGCUAAACUUCCAAUGUCGGAGAUAGCAGCAACAAUUAACGAAUUUAGGUCUCGCCACCUUGCUGAGCUUACCGAGCUCAGUGAAACUAGUGGAAGUUCUCUCGGUUAUGGAUAUUCUCAGAUGAUGACUAAAGCCAAGUCUCAGCCAACAACAGAUCCUUUAGAUGAUAACCAAGUGCCUAAUGGAACGCCAGCAGUAUAACACUGACCAAGAAAAACGAUCAUGUAAGCCGAGAAGGAAAUCUGAUAAAGACACAAUAAUUGUACAGUACUAUAUUGUCCGGUCUGCAUAAAUUGUACAGGAAUGUAGCAGCAGAAAACUUAAAGUAGUUCGGUUCAGACUUUCGAUUGAUUUAGUAACAGCUCAUUCUUUUAUUUAAUAAGCUCUGAUAGAAGGAGCCCCUUUAGUCGAAGUAGAAUAUUCUUCUUACCUUGACAUUGAUGAUGGAUGAAGUACAGAACCUCGGACCUCCUAGUCAUGGCCGUGGUUUUUUGGUUCUGCUUAAUAUUAGUUACUUUUGUCA